AAUGAAACAUCUGCCGUUGUUUUUGAUAGUGUAUUCAUUCGAAAGUUAGUUAUACUGUGUUUUAACAUGGCGGUAAUAUGGACAUUUCUAACAAUUAUGAGUGUACAAAUACUAAUUCCUGUUGCCAGAAGUUCGGGUAAAAAGGGUGUGGUACACACGGUAAACGACUACAUGUGUGGCGAUUUUAACGUACUUAACGUGGCGUGGUGGUAUGAUUAUAGCAUGACCCUAGAAAACUUUCGCAAGGAGACGAGCUGGUGCCGUCCGUCUAUAGACAAUUACAAAGAUACAUAUGUACCUAUGGUCUGGGGAUUGGAUUGGAAGAUUCAACUUCCAAAUGACGGAGAUUAUGUUCUCGCAUUCAACGAACCGAAUCACGGGGGGCAAGCAAAUAUAUCUGCAGAGCAAGCCGCCGCUGCAUGGCCGGAGUUGGAAAAGAAAUCGAAAGGAAAACUACUCGUGAGUCCAUCUGCUGCUAUUUGUGGUGGUGAUACGUGCCUAGGAAAACCAGACGAAUGGUUUGCCAAAUUCUUCAAGCUAUGUAAAGGGUGUCGCGUGGACUAUCUUGCCACACAUACAUUUAUGUGCAACGCUAACAAAGUUAUGAAAUAUCUGAAAGAUCUCCACACGAAAUUCGGAAAACAGAUUUGGUUGACUGAAUUUGCAUGCGGUGAAGUGGAUGAUCCAGAAGUAAUGCGUCUCUUCAUGGCACAACUUUUACCUCAACUUGAAGCUGCCGACUUUGUGUUCAGAUAUGCUUGGUACAAGGCCAGGAUUAGAGAAUCGCACUAUGUUACCACUGCUGCAAGCCUUCUUGAGGUAGACAGCUCGAACCUUACGCCAUUAGGGCGGCUCUACAUUGGGUACGAAGGAGGGGAUAUACCAAUUGAAGAAUUCGAAACUACACUGGCAGACGAAAUGGACAUUAUACUGAAAAACAUAAUCGGAGUUGGGAAAGCAGAGGCGCUGAUAAUAGCCCAAGCAUACACUGAAAACCCUGCCAAAUGGUGGAGAAUAUUCUACUCGAUCGGACAAAACCUGCAGUACCUACCUUCGUCAGCGGCUGCUUUUUAUAUAUCGGCGCCAAAAACAGAAGUAAAACAAAGAAUCAAGACAACGCUAAAGAACAUACUUUGUACAACUCCUGAUGCAAUCCAGGACCCUGAUAUAAUUGAAGAAGCUGAGAGGAUCAAAGGACUGCAUAAAGAUAAGAAGCAGAAAGGAACGCUGCGACGUCCUGCGUGUUAAGAUAUGUUUUACAAAGUAUAGUCGGAUACAUUCUUACAACAAGAAAGCCAAUGUAGUCAAAUCGUCUCUCUGCAAAAAGUCGUCCUAUUCACUUUAGCAGCAAAUAUAUAUUAAAUCUGUACGUUUGAAAAUGAUUAAAGAUUGAACAAUAUCUAGUUCGCUUUUAAUUCCUCAAAAUGCAAACUUCAUAUAUCAUUAGUAUCUAAAUAAAAGUGUGGUUGUGUGAAUUGAUUGCGCUUUUGUGGUUUACGUUGUAGUGUGACUGUUAUUAAGGAACGUAGCGUUCCCUUUGAA